GGGAGAGCAAGAUAGCUAAUUAAUGGCAGCUGCUUCAAUGGAGCAAUUAUUAUUAGUAGUAAAUGAGGAUGAUGAUUUGUUAAGGAACAAAGAGGAGGAGGAGUAUCUGAUAGUGGAUCCUGGAAAGGGGAGAAUUAGGGAUGUGUUAAGAUACGGAAUAUUAGGGAAUAAAGCAAGCGGUGCUAAAUUCAUAGAGACUAAUAGUACUAGUUUGUCGGGCGAUGAGGUGUUGGGCGGUGGCGGUGAUCACAGGUGGGUGAUCACGGUCUCCAUCAUAAUGAUGAAAUUGAUUAAGGUAUUUGGUAAGCCCAUGGAAUGGACUGGUCACCUUGUUGACUUCCUACUCAACUUUCUUUCCCUCAACUCCUCACCCAACCACACCUUCCUCGCUCUCCUCUCCAAUCUUCUACAAGGGAAUAUUGUACUUCCGGAGAGAGGCUCCGCAACAUUUAUUAGCACUAUUGGACAUAUUGAUGGACGAAUUAACCUCAACUUUGUUGAUGAUGUACAAAAUAUUGGACACUUAUUAGAAGCCGGCAACAGGGCUCUUAUGGACCUCAGUAUGAUGGCUUCCAAACUGGCUUACGAGAAUCCUAUUGUUAUUACAAACGUUGUCAACCUACAUUGGAAGAUGCAUUUUAUUGACUUCUACAACUGCUGGAAUGAUUAUCAAAAGGAAAGAUCGACUCAAGUUUUCAUAUUUUGUGACAAGCCAAAAGACGCAAAUCUGAUAGUGGUGAGUUUCAGAGGGACGGAGCCAUUUGAUGCAGAUGACUGGAUUACUGAUUUUGAUUACUCUUGGUAUGAGAUCCCAAAACUAGGAAAAGUCCACAUGGGAUUUUUAGAAGCCAUGGGUCUGGGAGACAGAUCAAAUACUUCCUCUUUUCAGGAGCUUCUUCAAGUAACAAACACAAAGUUUGAAUCAUCAAAUGUUGCUGAUGAUGGUCCAAAGGUAUUCCCAGAGAUGGCAAAUAUGAGUGCAUAUUAUGCUGUGAGGCGCAAGCUCAAGAGCUUACUUGAGGAGCAUAGAAAUGCAAAGUUUAUGGUGACGGGGCAUAGCCUAGGAGGGGCUCUUGCUAUUUUGUUCCCGACUGUGCUAAUAUUGCAUGAGGAAGAGGAGCUUUUACAAAGGUUAUUAGCUAUUCACACAUUUGGACAACCCAGAGUUGGAAACAGGGAGUUGGGAAGGCAUAUUGAAUCAAAAUUACAAGAACCAAAGCCCAAAUAUUUUAGGAUGGUCUACUGCAAUGACCUUGUCCCAAGGUUGCCUUAUGACAACAAAACCUUCUUGUAUAAGCAUUUCGGUGUAUGCCUCUACUAUGACAGUUUGUUUGUAGAGCAAAGAGUGGAUGAAGAACCAAACCCAAACUACUUUGGGUUGUGGUAUUUGAUUCCAGAGUACCUGAAUGCUGUAUGGGAAUUAGUGAGAGGUAUGACAAUGGGGAUGACAAAUGGGCCAGAAUACAAGGAGUCUUGGGAAGGCAUCAUGAUGCGAAUCAUCGGUUUGACAAUUCCAGGCCUUUCUGCUCAUGCUCCCCCUAAUUACGUCAAUUCAAUAAGACUUGGAACACCAAAACGUAUUCACACCUAGAAAUGUAAGCACCUAGACAUCAAUCAAAACUUCUCUUGGUAUUAGAUACUUAUGUUAUUUUGUCUAUUAAUUACAAAGUGUUGAUGAUUAUCAAGUAGAAAGCCCUUCAACUAAAUAAAGGACUAUUCUAAAAGCCGAAUUAAAAAGCUCUUAGAAAAUAGUAUGUUGUGUUUUGAAAACACGAUAAGUUCAUGUCAGGUGUGAGGUUCCCUAUUACUUCUUUGACCGCCUAUAAACAACUCUCAUCCU